AUGAUGAAUCCGCAGCGAGUAGGAAACGAAAACGUAGUUGAUGACAUUGGCAAAGCGACGGAAACAACAUUACCAAAAGCCUUCGAGUUAAAAGAUACUGCAGCCAAAGGUCCAUUUCCGCAUUUAUUUAACACUGUCGAAAAUCAACAUCACAUCGGACUGAUAUUAGAUACAAGAUACUAUUCUCCUGAAACGAUGAGACCGCCUGAGCGUGAGCAGUUUUUAGAAUGGCACGAGGACAUGGUGCGCAAAAACAUAGAAUUUGAUUUCCAAUGGGAAAUUGUGAGCUAUUGCCGGAACGAUGUCGAUAUUCUUCGAUGGGCUUGUCUUGCAUUCCGUAAGAUUUUCCUGGAUCGUGGAAAAAAGCUAGGUUACAUCGUAAUGGAGAAGUGGGAGUGCUUCUUCGAUCGGAAGUUACAGGACAAUCAACCGAUGCGCGAUUUCCUUGCGAAUCACUCGAUGUUAGAAACUGAGCCUCUCGAUCCUCGCGAAGCGUUCUUUGGUGGUUAUACAGAGAACAUCGUCACCCGGUGCGAUAUUAUGGGUACGGAGAAAUUACGUAGACGUAUGCUCCUUGUACCCGUUUGUGCUAAAGACGGGCUCUUUUCCGCUCGGUCACCCGGACGUAUACGUGGGCGAAGAAUGUUCUGCCUUGAUUGUUGCUGCGAGACAUUUUCUCAAUCUCCGUGCACACAUGAUAAUCCGGCCGGUCGAGAAUUUGAGGGUACCUGGGUAUCCUGUGAACUACGGAAGGCUAUAGAGAAGGGCUAUAGUAUCAGGUCUGUGAGCGAGAUAUGGAAAUAUAAGAUUUCGCAAUACGACCCAAGUACUCUGUUGGGAGGUAUGUUUGCGGGAUAUAUCAACUGCUUUCUGCAACUUAAGCAGGAGGCUAGCGGAUGGCUUGCUGAAUGCACCGACGAUGAAGAGGCCAAAGAGCGAUACCUGCGGGAAUACGAAAAAACAGAAGGUAUUGUUCUCGAUAGAAACAACAUCGCGCGAUCUAAUCUGCCGAAUACCGAGGUCGUUAAGACGCGUGAACAUUUCAUGUCGCUGCUCACGAGUCCCGAGCAUGAAAUCACAAACAUAUUGCCCGUGAACGAUAAGGUUCUCUAUGUCUCAUGGCGAUUACGACAAGAGGCGCUUGUUCCCUCUGCAACUACAAGCGUCGUAAUAGCGGCCUACACGGCACAGGCACGCUUGAAAUUCACCGGUGACCCCAAUGAGUACAAGCCGCGUACGGGUAAUUUCUUGGGCGAUAUGACGAACGAACUCGAAAGUUAUGGUCAAGGUAGCUACAUAGAAUCCUUUGUAUCCGGAGGCCCAAAAUUUUAUGCCUAUGUCGUUCGCACUCCACAAGAUAAAAUCCAUGAAGUUUGUAAAGUAAAGGGAAUAACCCUGAACUUUGAGACUUCGAAAUAUAUUAAUUUUAGUAGUAUAAAAAAUUUAUUAGUCACCAAUAAAAUACCUAUCGAUGAGAACGAGGAAGAGAAGAAGGAGGAUGCGAGGAAAACUUCGAUAAAUCUACGUUUUAGAGCGAUUCAUCGUACAUGGUUUCACGACAUUGUAACGAGAGACGAGAGCAAGUCAUGCGUGCCGGUGCUCCUAAAACGUAGAUUCGACGACACAGGUCCCUCUGUGCCAUGCGGUUACGUAGUGGCGUAA